AUGUUCAAGAUGAAGCAAUCCCUUUGCCUUGUCCCCUUCCUCGCUCUCGUCUCCGCCAUCCCAUCAGUCCAAGUCCAAGCCAUCCGAUCAGCCACGAGCAUCAACUUCGCCGCCGACACUCCGGCCAAAAACUGCGAGCCGGGCUUGAUAUACUGCUUGAACCAAAUCAUUUCAGACCUCGGUACUGCAUCCCCCCUUCUAUAUCCCCCUCCCCCACAACUAACCCCUACAAACCCAGGCGUCGAGCCCCAAAACAUCCUACACCAAUACUGCGACACGCAAUUCACAUACGACGCGCUGUCGUGCCACGCAUGCACAAAAGUGCCCGUCCCGCUGCCAAACUGCGCGGCGUCGCCGGGCGCUUGGAACUCUGCGUUUGAGUGCAAGAGUGGGCAGACGUAUGAGUUUUCGGUGAGGUGUGAGAGGUGGUGUGAGGCGGGGAUGUGUGUUUGA